AAUUCCUCUUGUUUCCUUUUCCUAGUUUUUUAUUAUUAUUGUUUCUCUUUUGGAAAAUUAUAAUAAUACUAGAAAUAUUAAUCCAAAUACUUCCCCUGCUGGUUUCUCACUUCUCUUCUUUGUUUAUAAUGCUCUUUUCUGGGGGGUUUAUUUUUCUGUUUGGUAUAAUUCUGAAUCAUUUUCUUUUAGUCUAGAUCUUUCCUUUUUUAGUAUACUAAGAACCGUGUCGAACUGAACAAGAUGUGUUUCUGAAUUUGUCUUCGAAGUUUUCUUUAAUAUCCAUUCAAUCAUCAGAAACUCACGGCUGUAAUUCAUGUAUACAUACAUAUAUGUAUCCUGCUGGUUUCUCGGAAAAACAUUAGGUUUCUUCUAUAUAAGUCUUUCUUUACAAAUUCCUAUUUAGGCUUUUCUCCUCAAAAGGCUGUCUGGGUAUCUUUUCUUUUUUGCCAAUUUGGUAAGAAAUGCCUUUUUCUCCCAAUUAAGUCUUAUCCCUUCUCACAUUUUUGUUUUUGCUUUUAUAUUUGCUAGCUUCAUAUAUAUAUAUAUAUAUAUUCUUCUUCUUCUUCUUCUUCUUCUCCUUCUUCUUUUGUGCAGAGAACAAUCUUUGAAUUGAAGUAAAGAUGUUAAUUUAUAUAGCCAAAUAAGUAGCUAUUAAGUUAACACUUUUAAACCUGAUCCAAUUCUUCUUUUCUCUCUUUCUCUUUCACAAAAAGUAGAAGCCUCCAGGAUUUUGGUUUUACCCAUCUGGGGGUGUUGCUGAUCAAGAAAAAUGGUGAGAGGGAAGACUCAAAUGAGGCGCAUAGAGAACGCCACAAGCCGUCAAGUAACGUUUUCUAAAAGGCGAAAUGGGCUUCUGAAGAAGGCCUUUGAGCUCUCAGUUCUUUGUGAUGCUGAGGUGGCUCUCAUAAUCUUCUCCCCAAGAGGGAAACUCAAUGAAUUUGCUAGUUCCAGUAUGCAAGCUACAAUAGAACGCUAUAGGAAGCAUACUAAGGAUAAUCAAACCCACAACAAAUCUGUGGAACAAACCAUGCAGUUGCAGCACUUGAAACAAGAAGCAACUGUCAUGAUGAAGAAGAUAGAGCUUCUUGAAAUCUCAAAACGGAAAUUCUUGGGAGAGGGUCUGGGUUCAUGCUCCCUUGAAGAACUACAGCAAGUAGAACUUCAGUUGGAGAAGAGUGUAACCAAAAUUCGAGCAAGAAAGAAUCAAGUUUUCAAAGAUCAGAUUGAGCUACUUAAGGAAAAGUAUGGUAUUAAACCGAUGGUUCAAGCAUCAAUUAAUAAAAAUAACCAGAUAAAGGACUUGAACAACACAGAAAGUAAUCCCAGCUCAGAUGUGGAGACUGAACUAUUCAUUGGAUUACCAGAAACGAGACUAAAGCGCCCACCCUCAAACAAAUGAAAUGGGGAUGAUCACAAACAUAUAAAACAUCCCUAAGCUCAAAACUAAGAUAAGCUGAGACUGUUUUAAGCUGUUUAUUCCAUAUAUCCUGUAUUAGAUUAUUAUUCUACUGCAAUAUAAUUAUAUAUAUAUAUUCUUGCACGUACUGCAAGUAAAAAUAAACUAGCUAUAGCAAUAGUACGAGUAAGAUCGAGUACGUGUACUAAUAUUGUACUAAUAUUGUGAUAUUAUGAUCAUCAGAAACUACUACUGAUCACUAUAUAUAGUUGUAUGUUAAUUAGUGUAUUAAUGCAUUCUGUUGAAAUUCUCUGGCCA